GCUCAGGUACCGUGCUUGCGCGGCUCUGGAUACCAAAUGAAGUAGAUGUGACGAUGAGGAUGGGCCUCGUCUCACAAUUCGUGGUGGUGCUGCUGGCGCCGCUCGUUUUCUGUGUGUCCGCCUCGAGAAUACGAGAAACCCCACGGAACUUCACGGUCAACAGAAGCACUGAUAUUUAUCCGCUUGGCAAUUCGCACGACGCCGACGCGGAUGUACUUCUUUUCGGGAAGCCGAAGUUAAAGACGAAGUUUAAGUCCAAAGGUCGUGCGAGAGGCCCGGCGAACGCACGCAGCGAGAGCAAGCAGGGCAAGCAGGGCAAGGAGAACGUCACGGAGAUCGCCGAGUGUGAGGAGCCGUUCCCGGCGCCCGAGCAGGCGGUCAUCAUGUGCCCAGAGGAGUGCCCCCUGAUGCGGUUCUCUACCGAGCAUUUGUGCCACUUCCGGUGCAUCUCGGAAGCAAAGUGCGCCACCUACCCGGGCGUGGUCAACCGCUACGAGGGAUAUUGCCGGGUCUGCGCGGUGCCAGGGUGCAAGCGCUGCGAGACUUUUGAGCAGGUUUGCAGGGAGUGCCACGAGGGCUUCGUCCUCGAAAGCGGGGAGUGCCUGUCGAAGUCCACGUGGAAGUGGCACUUGCUGAUGGCCGUCCUGGGGGGCGUCGGCCUGCUCGUGCUGCUGUACGUCCUGCACCUCGCGUGGCGCCCGGUGGUGAGCCAGAAUGCGCUGGACUGGGGCCUGGAGCAUCGCUCGAGGUCGAAGGCCAGGGAGGACGUCGGGACCCACGAUCUCUACGACCUCAAUCUGAGCCUCGCGGACACGGUGACCAGUGCAGGAGGCAUCGGAGCGUCGCUGCACUUCAGCUGGCAGCGGAUGGUGCUGCUGUGGAGCGCGGCAGUCACGGUGGCGGCCAUGGGAGUGGUCUAUUACCAUGGCCGGCUGAAUGUUUUGGACAUCUUCGGGCACCCCCUACAUGACGAGGCGGAAGGUACUUGUUCGGAUCGAUUGGAUCCUCUGGCCGAGGAGCAUGCCGAAGCGCUAAGGAUAAGCAUUCUCUGGCUGACCGGGAUCGUCUAUGUGGUGUCCUCGAUCGGUGCAGUUUAUUGGGCCUGGUGGCAGCAGAGGAGAUUCAUUCGACAUGAAGACGGCACUACGGACAUGCGGGAUUACGCUGUGACUUGCCGUGGGUUUCCAGAGGAGGCGGAAGAGGACCUUGGUCGAAGUUCCAGCGACAAGCUCGAGGAUGAGUACAAGCAGUUCUUCAAGUCCGCUUGGGGUGAGUGCGUCAUCGGAGUGUCCAUAUCUUGGAAUAUGGAGGAAUCGCACAACCACAUCAUGAAGGCUGUUUCCGACAUAGUGCACGACCUCGUGCGCAAGCACAAGGCUGAGUUCCCAGAAGAUGACGAAGCGCAGUACUUCCAGACGUCGCGCGGCACCCCGAGGGAGCGCGGCACCCCGAGGGGGAGCGGCCACUCGCGCACGGGCUGCCUCUGCGGCCCGCUGAUCGAGGCGGUCGACGGGCUGUGGUUCGGCGAGGUGCCCCCGUGCCUGGCCGGCGCCCCCGAGGAGGAGCCCGAGGCCGUGCAUGGCCAGCUGAAGACCGAGUUCCUGCGGAGGCUCAAGACCACGGGGCUCGCAGUUCUGUUCUACGAAACUUUCCUUGCCUUCCCUGAGCUCCGAUCGGAGGUUGCGGCGUGCCCUGUGUGCCAGGCGCUGUUCCACGUGUUCGCGGGGCAGCUGCUGGAGGACGGCUGGGACAAUUUAAGUUUGUGCCGCUUCCACGCGCUGCAGAGGCGGCGCUUCGAGCUCUGCCGGCAGUGGCGGUCGGCGCUGCGCCUCAGCGCCCUGGGGGCCGCUGGCGCGCCCGGGCCCGCGGAGUGGCGGGCCUUGCGCGAGGUGCACAGGGUCUCCGGCGAGAUGGAGUCGCUCGAGGCCGCGGCCUCCGCGGCCGCGGCGGGCUUCCAGGAGGCCUUCGGCGGCCACCUGGCGGCGCUGCAGCGGGAGGCGCGCGACAGGCUGUGGGAGGCGUCGGCGGCCAGCGUCGAGGGCAUCGAGGGCGAGGGGCGGUCGGAGAUGCGCGAGGUGGACGAGCUGCUCUCCCAGCGGGCGCUCGAGCGGCAGGCCCACGCGCUCGAGGAGGUCGGCCGGCGCCAGGAGGCCGCGCGCGGCGAGUUCUGGCGGCGGCGCCAGAAGUGCCAGGGCCCGGCCACGGGCCUGCUGGCCGGGCUGCAGGGCCGCGGGGCCUGCCGGGGGCUCCUGGCCGCCCGGGUCCAGGAGCUGGCCGGCGCGGAGCUGGGGGCGCGGCACGCGCUGGAGCGCCAGGCCGCGAGCUACGCGGCGGGGCGCGCGGAGCUCGAGGGCGCGCGGCAGCAGCGCGAGCUGGGCGCCUGGCUCGGCAGGGCCGCG